AUGACACUAGACUCGAAGGAUUCUUCUUAUUCUCAAAUCCCAAUCUGGCUGGAUUGUGAUCCAGGCCACGAUGACGCUGUCGCUAUCUUGUUGUCGUGCUUCCUCCCGCAAUUUCGUUUGCUAGGCAUCAGUGCGUCUUACGGCAAUGCUCCACUGGACAAGACUGCCUAUAACGCUUUAUCUCUACUCACUGCAAUGGGCAAACAUAACCAGAUACCGGUCUAUGCUGGGGCCCAAAAACCAUGGUCUCGUGAAGCUAUCUAUGCUCCAGACAUCCAUGGCGCUUCCGGUCUAGAUGGUACGUCACUGCUUCCCGUGCCUAAAGCUCAGCUUUGUACGAAUCAAAGCUACCUGGAUGCAAUGGCCAGUGCAAUUUUGGCAUACCCGGAAACCAUCUCCAUCGUGUCUACUGGUUCAUUGACAUCUGUGGCCACACUUUUUCAGGAAAAACCACAUCUCAAGCCCUUGGUCAAAUACAUAACCGCUAUGGGUGGAGGCAUCAAUGAAGGAAAUAGGAACGAAAAUGAAACUGCAGAAUUCAACAUCUGGAUAGACCCACACGCCGCUAAUUCGAUACUAAAGGAUACAAUACUUAGCCCCAAGUUUAUCUUGGUGCCAGUGGAUCUGACCCACAAGGCAAUUGCUACGAAAGAAAUUGAGCUCAUGGUUCUUGCAGAUGGGACGUCCAACCUCAGAAGACUGUUUUACGAGCUUUUUGUCUUUUUCGGGCGCAGCUACGAACAUGCUCAAGGUUUUGAAGAUGGUCCUCCAGUACACGAUCCUUUAGCGUUGAUACCACUACUGGAAUUUUACGGACUUGAAAAACCUGAAACUAUAGAUUUUGAGUACAAACGCUUACAACUACAGGCUGUAGAACAGGAAAACAGCCCUAACCUGGGCCAAACUAGGGUGCUAAAAGAGUAUCCUAAAGAGAACAAUAUGGGAUCCAUCGUGGGGUUUAACCUCAACAUGUCUUUUUUCUGGCAUCAAGUCGAUCUAGCACUUGGAUUGGCCGCAAAGAAUGCCACAAUCUAG